AUGGGAGGCUGGUCACCGGGGCAAGAUGGAACAGGACCCUACAGGUAUAAGGAAAAAUUGCCUUCCAAGUGCUUUCAAGAGCGCAUCACUAACAAAGAGAGGUUUUCUGAUGCCCUCAAUGCCCAGCGAUGGAGGUUUUUGAAAAGUGGCCUGGAUGAUUUUAGAAACGGCUACCCUCCCCCUUCUGACAACAUCAUAAUCCGAGGCAAACAGGGGCCUGUGCCGAUAAUUCUACAUUACAAAAAAACAGAUGCAUCACAGAUUGUGCCAUACACAGCCAGAGAACUGCAGACCAGAAGUGAAGUCAUUUACUCCAAGCUCAGUGCAGCCCAGAGAGCCAAGAAGGACUACAUUGCGCAGACCGAGCGUUGCCUGACCCAACACCCACUAGCCCUUUUCCCUCAUUUGGAGGAAAGUGUGCCCCCAAAGCUUUUUCACGAUGUCGUGAGGCUCCUGGACCCUGAAAUGCAUCUGGCUAGAGACUCACCUGAAUAUAGUAAAACUGAAGUGAUUCCCCCUACGAUUCAGUAUCAGCUGCAUCAGUAUGAAAUUAAACCAGAGAAAGGCUACAGCUCAACAACCCUGCCCUGGGUGACUAAAAGCAAGAAUCCUUACACAUGGUUUAGUAAAAAAGAGGUGGCUGAGAGAGAAAGUGCAGCCAAAAUUGCCUAUAUUCCUCCCUUGGAUGAGAAUGUAAAGCGUGUAACAAAGGAGUUCUGUGAAUGGGUCAGCUCAAUGGGAGGUGAAAAAUACAACAUCGAUGAAGCCACUAUCAUGAAAUUGUUCGACACAAGAUAUGAAAGCAAAGCCAAGUCGUCAGCCCCCAUGAAAAUUGUGCAGCUGUACAAUGUACCAGCAGAGCUGAAGGAGUGCCUGGGGAGUAUUCCAGUCCUGAGAACUAAGAAGAGCUCUGUGAAGCGGACACCUUCUGAGCCAAAAUGGGAAAAGAUUAAAUAUGGAGCCUGGUAUCUCCACCCCAAGAAAUGGAAAAAGAAAAAAGUCAGUGACCAGGAAGAAACCCCUGAAUGUAUGCGAAGCUAUUUGAAUUUAAGGAAGAAGACGACCCAAAAGGAGGAGGAGAAAAGGCCACUUCAUGGAACCUACGCUUUUGAGCAAUUCCUUGAAAAGAAAGGCUACAGGAAGCCUGAGUUUCUUCUGCAGAUGUUGGCUGCAAGUAGUUCUGACAGGCCAUUAGAUGAGAAUGGAUCUUCCUCAAGGAAACUAUCUCUGAAGGUCCUUGAAGAAUUAAGAUUGCACUCUUCCUCAGUCUUCUAAGUAUCCAUCCUGGUCAGCGAGAGCUUGUUUUUUCUUUUGAAAAACCAAGGCAGAAAGUUACUUGUAAUGAGGUCUCCAAAAUUAUCUCACCUUUUCCUUCUUCCCUUCAUCGGAAACUGCUGAGACAAAUGUAGUUUAUUAGACGUGCAGGGAAAUGAACUAAGGAGGUGAGGGCAUAAAACCCAAGUAAAGACUGGCCAUUAAAAAGUCUGGAAUACUACCAGAAUGUUUACACUUACCUAUUACAGGUGUAGUAGAAAGAGUUAUUCACAUAUUAGGAUAAAUGUAAUGCAGUUAUUGUGAGUGUAAGGUGGUAACUGUUGUUUAACAUGAUAAUUAACAUACUGAUUUUAAACACUGACUGUAUCUAAUAAAAAAGAUAUUUGACUCUGAGCUUGACCAACAUGACUGCCUGAUUUUGAUCUUGAGCAUAGUGUGAAUAUUUUAUUAUUGUUAUGCAGCGGACAGAAAACGUAUGUUCAGUCUUGAAUUUUAACCCACAAGGCUGCAGGAUGAGCCAGAUAGCUGCAACACAUCAAAGAGGUCUGAAUAAGCAGGCUACUCCAGCCAGGUCUGGGACUGAACUGAUGCCUUUUUUCCCCUGCAGGCCCCACUCCUUCCCUGAGGAAUGGAAGGCCUUAAAGGGAUUGUCCACUGUCUUGGAUACCAGGAGUGGUGGCUGGUGCUCAUUGAGACUGGUAGGGCAGAAAGGAGGGAGGCCAACAAUAGAUGGAGCAAGAGUCAAUGAGCCCUGGGCAUCUUUGGAGGAAGGUGCAGGAUAUAAAUCUUGUAAAUAAAUGGCAGGAAUGAGCCAAGUGAUUCUAGUUUUGUCGCUAUCCUCCUCUGAGUUCUACAAGGGCAAAGCUAAGGGGAGAAGGAUACUGACAGGCAGGGCCACCCUCUGACUGACUGGAAGUUAAGAAAGCUGGCAGGCAGAGGCUGCCUCAGGGCUAGGGUUGCCAGG